AUACACGUAACACAUUCAUUACCGAUUUGUUCGGCGUCGUCUGAACUGAAGGUUGACUCAGGCCAAGAAAAAUAUCCCAUCACGUUGGUACUGCUGUGUUCAAGCUACGAUGGAAGUGCUCGAGGAUCUAAUAUAUGAGCCGCCAUCGUACUUUGCAUGUGCUAUCCUUAUCACACGGUCGGGCAAUACGAAGGUCUCGAUCUGAAGAAUAUUUGCCUUCCAGCAACAAAGCUGAAGAUAGUGUUGAUUUACUGAGGAAUUCUUUAAGAAUCAGGACAAUCCCCAGUUUUUGUAAGGUAGGGAAAGAAUUGACAGUACAGUUUUUAAGUAAAGAGGAGCAAGAAGCAAGAAAAAGUACCGAAGAAUUUUGUGUGAAUCAAGAGAAGGAAAGUAGAAGGAAGAAAAGAAGCCAAACAGAUUUGCAACAAACUGAGAGAGGGCGAAAGGAAUCACUAGAUACCCCAGCUGGUUCGGAGCCUUGGUUCAAAAUCACAAUGUCGCUGGUGCAGACUGCAACCCCCCUUGCAGCAAUCAAUGAUCUGAAAGAGGCUCGAGACACCAUCAAGAGGCUCAACGAUAGCCUUCUGAAAGAGAAGAAACUAUCGGAAACGAAAGACAUGACUAUUGAAAAUUUGCGACAUGAGAUAAAUCUCUUGGAUCAAGAACUUGUUGAUAAACGUAAAGAGAAUGACAAGCACAACGAAGAAAUGCGGAAACUACGAUCGAAAACAACUGCGUUAGAGACGGAGAAUAAAAUUCUGGAAAGACAAGUGAAGAUGAUGAAUGAGUCGAAUAAACGCCUACAUAACGAACUACACGAGUUGCGAAACAAGCUUCGGAUUCAGGAAGCCAAAGUUGGAGAGCUUCGGGUGCAGAGAUCGGAAGCCGUUCGGAAGUAUGCUCAUCUUUUACAGACAAGCGUUGACAAAGGAACACGGCUACGACAUUUUCUACAGCAAUUGCAAAAUGAGAUUUUGACGCACAGUGUAACCUCGAAGAAGUUUCAUGUGCAAAAGCAAGUGUUAGAGGAUCUUAUGAAAGAAGACAGCGAAGAAGAUCUACAAUUCAAGAAGUACGGGUUAAUAUCACCAAGAAAGAUGAGACGAGGCUCGUAUUUGUUGUCAGAUGAGGAAAAGCAAAUCUUGCGCAAAGACUUAGAGGUUGCUAUGGGAAGCAAAAAUAACAAAAGCUCAGACAAAAGUAUCCCCAUUGAAAAGCUGGCCACAGCUACUGAGCGAAUCGUUACUGAGGGCUUGAAAUCGCGGCUGGGGAAGGACAACGCAGAGAGCUCGCAAAUGUCGAAGUUGAUCGAAGAGGCGAAGUACCAGAUCAAAGGUUUAGACAGGAUAGAAUCUUCAUAUGUGGAGGCAUCCAGAAGGCUAGAGGACAAAGUUGGAACACAGUUAAAAUCACUAGAGGGCGAACUCAAAGAUUUGUCGGACGAGCUAAGACUGGCGCAAAUCUCAAAGAGAGAAGAUGAAGACAAACUAAGAUCUAUCAGGAAAUUUUCGGCAGCAGAUGCAAAAGUUGACAGUAUCAUUCUAGCUCGAAGGGAAUCUCAAGCUGAAAAGUCAGAGCUUGAAAGUGUCAUAAACAUUAUGGAGAGAAGGAUUAAUGGGGACGCCACCACCCCUGUGUCACCGAGAGAGGCUGAAAUUCUUUCAAUGAAGCAAAAAAUGGCCGAAGUACUAGAAGACAAGCUAAUGCUUUCAGAUGAGCUGAUUGAGACUCGUACCAGUCUCUCUAAUUUGGAAAGUCUAUUGGAUAGCAGAGGCCUGGAAAAUGAUAAAAUGGAGCAAGAACUCAAGAAAAAAGAAAAGAGAAUUUCAGUAAUAGAGGAACAUUUAAGGGAAGCAAGCACUGAAACGUCUAAUCUUAAGGAAGAGCUAGAGGCCACAAAAGAAGAGCUUUCCGCAAAAAGACGAGAGGAGAUGGUACAGCCAGAGGUAAAGGCCAAAGAUCGACCCUAUAGGGUUGAAUUAAAUUUUACACCUAACAACCAACCUGCAUUAGAGCAAAAGGCUUGUGUUAUAAAGGAGGAGACAUUUGCAAGGAGAAGUAACAGCCCCUCCCUAGAACCAAGCACAGAAAGUUCUCCUCUCAAACGGGCAGAAAAAGCAGUACGAGUUGGUAACGAACCACCGAGUCCCAGACCGCUGCAGAGAAUUCAAUCUGAGGAGGAUCUACGCAGAAGAACUUUAAGAAGAACAUUAUCCUUAGAUCCGAAAGGAUGGGAAAGUUCUCUGCAACGUUUAGAAAGGAGGAGGUCAUUAGAUCCCACCGACUUUCGAGGUAGACAGGAGCGCAAAGUUACCACAACAAAGUUGAAGUUGGUACGGCGAGCAGACAAAGCAGUUCAGGUAGAAAGUAGCGACCAACUUGCCAAGGGACCAGAAACUUUCACAGAUUUUAAACAGACAAGAGAAGCCUUGAACAAAGAAAACCAAGAACUUAGAGCGAUUCUCGGAAAGCAAGACAAAGAGAUCGCAAACCUUGUAAAUGAGCUAGGAAAUAUACGGGAAGGAACGAAAGAUUCUGCCGAGGGUGGAGAAGACAGUAUGCCUUUUAACUAUCCCACGCGAGUGUCAGAGCUGUGGACGUCCCUAGAGGAGGCUAGGAAGGAAAAAGAAGAAGAAGAAAAAAGGAACAAGGAGCUGCUGAAUGAGCUUGAAAAACAACAGCAAGAGAUACAAAUUAUCAUAAGGAAUUUGGAAAAAGAGAACCCCCAAUUACUGCUUGAAGCUGGGAACAAUUUCACAUCAAGCCUAGAAAAUGAGAGAAAAAAUCAUUUUGAAAAGGGACCCCCAGAUUCUCAGCAAGCUCGUACCUUGCAAGAGCUUGUCAGUACAAAUGAAACAAAAAACGUGAAUCAUAAAUUCAUUUUUGACAAGGAAGACGGCCGACGGAUUCCUAACGAGUUUCAGUCUGAGGUAUCACCGAGGGACGGCGACUCGAUUUCGAUCUUGGAGUCAUAUAUCAAUCUUAUGAAGAAAGAUCUGGCGACUUCAUUGCAACAGAGUAGAGAAAUGGAAACAGAGCUCUAUAGGAAGGAAGAAGAUUUGCGAAAAGCUAGAGAGGAGAUAGCACUGCAUGAAGGUAAGCCUUCUGAAAUGACUGCUCGCUUAGAUGAAAGAGUCAAGGAAGAAGAUUGGGCUGCCAGAGAAAAUGUCCAGUUACAAACAAAAGUUGUGGAAUUAACUGCUUUAUUAGAAGAAACAACUAAGGAAAAACUGAAAACGGAAGAAAAGUCCAAGAAUCUCACAUCACAAAUUUCAGAACUGAACGCAGCACUUGAUCACAUAAGGGAAGAAAAUGCUCAUUUUUUAAAAAACACUGAACUAUACAAAUCUCAAAUCAAUGACUUAGAAAUUUCUCUCGAAGCUUCAAAGACAAAUUUUCUCAGAGCGGAGAAGGAGAUUGAAGGAUACAAAUCUGAAAUAUUAGACUUAAAAAUUUCUCUGGAUGAAACAAAGGCGGAAAAAGAUAAUGCAAAUGAAAUUGUUGAGCGAUCAAAAUCCAAAAUUCCAGAGUUAAAGGCCUUGUUGGACAACGCUAAUGAAGAACUCAAAGCCGCUAAAAGGGAAAUUGAACUGUACCAGACUGAAAAUUUGGAACUGAAAUCACAUCUGGAAAACACAGAACUCGAAACUCGCAAUGCUCUGGAUGAAACUGCUCAAUACAGGUCACAGAUUUUGAUUCUGGAGGCGUCACUUGACAAAAUUAGGGAAGAGAAUGCUAGCGCUACAGAAGAGAUCCGACAGGAUAAGUCAGAAAUUUUAGAUUUGAAAGCUUCGCUCGAAGUCAAAAUUAAAGACAACGAGUGGGCAAAUGAAGAAAUUGAAAGAUACAAAUCCCGGUCGGAGAGCUUGAGAGAGUCGCUUGAUAAUAUGAAGAAAGAAAACAAUGACAAUUUAAAGGAAAUUGAUGGAUAUAAACAACAAAUUUCUGAUCUAAGGAUUUCACUCGGUCGAUCAAAGAAAGAGAGCGCCAAUGUAACGAAAGAGUACCAGUUGUACAAAUUCGAAAUCUCCGACUUGCAAACCUGUCUUGACAAAGAAAGGAAGGAGAAUCGAGCUGCAGCAGAAAAACAUCAAUCAGAAAUCUCUGGUCUGAAGAAAUCUUUAGAUAAAGCAUAUGAGGAAGCUGAUGCCACUCGUCGUGAAAUAGAGCGCUACAAAACUCAGAAUUCCGACCUGCAAGCUUCGCUUGAAAAAGAACGGGAAGAAAAUCUAGCAGCCAGGAGACAUAUUGUGGAAAAUGAAUCCGAAAUUUGUGAUCUAAGUAGCUGUCUGCAACAGGCCGGAAAGGACAAGGAAGCAAUCAUGAAAGACAACGAACGAUGCAAGCUCCAAAUCUCUGAUCUGCUCGCUAUUCUUGAAGACGUAAGAAAAGAAAAUCUCGCUGCAGCGGAGAAAAUCGCGAGGUACGAAUCUGAGCUUAUUGACCUAAGGAAUUCUUUAGAAAAGACAAAAGACAAAACCAGGCAAAACGAUGGCGACAUCGAGAGUUAUAUGACUCAAAUAUCUGAUUUGCAAGCUACAAUCGAGGAUACAAGGAACGAAAACCAAAGAUAUGAAAAUGAACUUCAGAACGAAAUAAAAAAAUGCGAUGAAAAAGAACAGGAGCAUAAAAUGAAACAAGCAGAAACGCGACUUGAGAUGGAAAGACUGAACACUAGUAACUCUAAACUUCAAAUUACGAUCAACAAUCUUCAAGCGCAGCUCACGGAAGCCGACAAGAAGGUGAAAGCCUUGGAAGAUCAGGCAGAAGAAGACAACAAGACCAUUUCACAACUUAAGGAAGAGCAAUUAGGAGUUUGUCGACUACAGGAACUAGUUAAAGUUUUAGAAACAAAACUUGAUGUAAGGGAUAAGAACUUGGAACUGAAAGUUGAGGAAAUCAUAGAGAAAAAUAAACUUAUUGAGCACUUACAGUCAGAAAAAGAAAAACUCGAGCGAUCACACAUAGACGAUUCUCUGAAACGCGUAGAAGAUCCUUUAUAUUUUGACUCCGUUGACGGAAAAUCCAUAAGCGAAACAGCCGCGGCUCAGGGUUUAUCUCAGAGCCCUCCAAUAGAUGGCACGGAUGUCGACGACAUUGUGGACAUAGGAAACGAGGUCGUAGAGGUCAAAGAACAAUUGCAAACUCUUCAAGUUGCGCUGACCGAAAUUCAGAAGGGAAAAGGAUGUUUAGAAGAAACUGUACGGCAACUUCAAAACGAAAAGAUCAGUCAAGAGAAGGAAUUAGAACUACUAAGGAAACAAGUCCAGAUUCUCGAAGACAGCAUAAAGGAAACAGAUGAAACUCUGGAAAAGAAUGCAAAACAGAUGUUAGGGAAAGAAAACGAACUACGGGAACUCAUCAAAGAGAAAGUAGUGAAGACGAGUCAAAUUGAGAGUCUAGAAGCUAGCUUGACAACGGUGCUUCGCGAAAGAGAUUCCGCUUUGGCAGUCAAGGACGACUCCAUCGAGAAGCUGCAAAAAGAAAACAGGACACUGCAAGGCCAAGUGGAGCAGCUUAAAAUGGAAGUUCAGAAACAAGCUGUCGACUGGCACCAGAAAGCGAAAAUGGAGGCUGAGUAUCGCGGCAUUGCUGACAAGCUGAAAGAAGCUGAGCUAAAAUAUCUGCUCACCAAAGAAGAGAAGGAGAAGGUUGAAAAAGAUUUGAAGAACACCACCGAACGGAUGAUCAUGCUGCAAAAAGGACUCAGCUAUGUGCAAGCUUCGGUUAAAUUGAAAGAAGAAAAGAUCAAACAGCUGACGGCUGAGAAUUUUGAGUUACGAUCACAGAUUAGGGAUAAAGACGAGAGCAUUCAUCGAGAGGAGAAACUGCGCAUGGAAAAUAUGAAGUCUCUGGACACGCUGAAGAUUAAAUUGGAAAAGAUGGAAGGAGACGAUAAGAAGCAACGAGAAAGAUUGUUUAGUUUGAAAUCGGCAUGCUCAGAGGCGAACGAAGCAUAUGAGAUUGUCAAGAAACAAAACUACGGGAUGAAGCGAGAGAUCGAAGAAGUGAAGAAAAAAUUGAGCGAGAAGGAUUCCGCGUUGGAAGUUUCGGAAAAGGAAAAAGAAAAAAUAGAACAGCAGAUUCUAAACGCGUCAAGAACUAUCGACGACCUGCGCAAGAGUUUCCGAGGAGAUGAAAGCAUUUCUCCAGAUUCUGCGCUAGGAGUUUCUUUAACAUCUGCUUUUGAGUUCAGCUCUGGACCAAGUAGCCCCAAUUCUGUUGCUUCAGAUAACGCAUUCUCCGCUGAUAGUUUCGGCCAGGAAACUGGACUUCUAUGCAAGAUGCCGACCAUGAUCGAAAAUUUCCGAGCGGUUGUUCGAGAUAAGGAAGCAUUGCGCGGCAAACUGUACGAAUUCACUGUGCACAAGGAAAAACAGGAGAGCCAGUUGAAGCAAUUAUCGCAGAUGAAUGAAAUUCUGAAAAACGACGUUGGCGUAAAGGAGAAAAGUCUUGUUGGUCUCGAAGAUAAAGUCAAGUCACUGGAAGCGGAGACUCGAGAAGCUAAAAAUAAAUCUUUCGAGCUCGAGCGCAGUUUUACCGUGAUAUCGACGCAAGCGGACCUCUUGAAAACAACUCUUGAGAAUCGCGAGAGGGAUUUCGCAGAGUUGCAGGAGAAAGUUGACCUACAGGAAGAGAAAGAAAAAACCUUAGAACUGUACUCCAAAUCUGUGGCAGAGAAGUUUGAGCAUGAAAGCGGAGAAAAAAAGAAAUACGAGGAACUUUCUCGGCAGCUGCUGGAAGAGAGUACCCUUCAGAAAAACCGGCUUCAAACCAUAGAGAAUAAGCUCUCUGCUUUGCCAAACGAUCGUGCCGACGUUUUCCUUUCCGCGCCAAGCGGUGUUUCUAUGGUAACGACAGCUGAAGACAAAGUGGAUGUGCUGUUAAAGAAGAAGAGAGAUUUGGAGUCAUUAGUGAAUAGCUUGCAAGCUGAGUGUGCUGAUUUACAACUGGCGAACGGCGAACUGCAGAAGGAUUUAACACAAUACCUGGAAUCUGAUAAACGAAGGCAAGAACUCGAAGGCGAACUAAAAGCUUCCCGAAUUCGUGACGAGCUAUACAGUGCUAAAGUCAAUAAGCUUGGAGAACAAAAGAGGUCUUUGGAAAAUGAAAACAAAGCUUUGGAAGAGGAUUUGGCUGAGGCGAAGAAAAACGAAGAAAACUUUGAGAUCAAAAUUGACACCAUGCAAAAGAUCACUACAGGUCUGGAAAACGCCAAAGAAAAUUUCCAGGCAGAAAAUGAAGGUCUGAAAGACGAUUUACGACGGGCAGAUGAAGAAAGUUCAAAACUGGCAAACGAGAUGAAGUCAUUUCAAGUUAAGGUGGCUGAGAUUGAGAAGACCAAUGACGCAUUCCAGGCCGAAAACGAGAGGUUACGAAAAGAUAUCAUGGCGUUAACUGAGGCUAAGUGUGGUGUGGAGUUGACAAUUUCUGAAGCUGAAAGACAGAUAAAGAAAUUAAACGAGUCCGCCGACAAGGAGAAAACAGACAGGGAAGCUAUGCAAACUCUAAAUAACGAAGCUUUGAACCAUUGUGAAGAGCUGCAAGAUGAAUUGAACAAAGCGAAAAACCAUAUCGUAACAAUAGAGGGAAGGCAGAGAGAAGCUGAAAAAUCCCUCGCAGAUAUGGAAAAGAGCAACAUCGAUUCAUCCUCGGAGAUACGAAGGCUUUCCGACGAACUUCAGUUGGUUAAGAAAGACUUGUCGGAAAUGGGCGAACGGUACAAGAAAUCAGUUCAAGAGGAAGAAAAUCUGCAGCAAAAAUUAAACCUGGCUAAUUUAGAGAUGGCUAAGCUGACAACUGCGCACCAAGGAAGCUUAAAGAGAAACGAUGCAAUGGAAAAGAGCCUCUUCGAGUCGAAAGGUGAAAAUGAAGAGCUGGAAAUAUUGCUGGAAAAAACUCGUUUAGAGAAAGCAAGUGCGCUGAGAGAUUGCAGCGUGAAAGAGGAAGUUAUUCAAGAGCUGCAAGCGAAGAAACAAGAACUCGAAGAUGAAAGGCAGAGUUUAACAAACGACUUGUUCGUUGCCACAAGAAAGGUGCUAGCACAGCAACAAAAUGCCGAGAGCUUAAUCAAUGAGAUGAAGCAUCAGAACCGCGAGAUGAAGGGAACCAUCAGAAAUGCGUUUAACAAAGAAGGAAGGGUCGCAGAGGAAGACAAUCCCAGUCAAGCAGACAACGAAACUGAUGUUCCUGACAAUGAAGCUCUGAUGCAGAACUUGCGCCAAAGCAUCCGAGCUACAGAACGAAAUCUUGAUUUCUUCCGCUCUGGAGCCAAAGUACCGGAACACGAGACAAAGAGCUAUCAACGAGACGUCGAUUUUAUCAACAAGGAGUUCGCGCUACUUCGCAAUCAGCUGUCCUUGUUUUCAACUACUUCUAAAAAGUUAUGCGAAGAGAUUAAAAAGCUGAAAGAAGAUUUGGCUCAGAAGGAAUCUCUAUUGGAAGAAAAGAAAGAACAGCACGACCACUUGAAGGAGGAAAAUAUGGAAAAUUGCGAAUCUCUAAUUCAACUACAGAACAAGUGCAGCGAGCUAGAGUCACUUUUUGGCGAAUACGAGAACAAAGCAGAAAAACAACACGCGGAGCUGAUGCGCACGAACCAACAGAUAUCAACACUGGAUUCAAAUCUAACAAGAACUGAACAGAAAAAGACAGCUUUGGAGAAGGAAAUACUGGUCUGUCAUGAGAAAAUAUCACAUCUAGAAGCAAACGCAAGGGCAAUGAAAGAGGAUGCACGAAACGACAAAAAGAGGAUUGCCACGCUUGAGGCCGAAUACAGCGAGAAGCAGACGCUCAGUCGCGAGUUGGAGAACACAGAAGCAAGUUUAAGAGAACUUAGGAGCAAGUUGGACGAUGUCUUGAAAGAGAAAGAAGAAGCCAAAACUGAACUGUGUACAAUGAGAGAGGAGCUGCGACAGGAUCAAGUCGAAUUAAAGAACACUCGAAAAGAGCUAGAUAGUUUGAAGAAACAGGUGAAUUCGGAGAGAGACAUACGGCAAAAAGUGGAGCUGGACCUUAAUGAAAACACUGCGAUGUGCAAGACUUACAGGAACAACCUACAAGAUUUAGAACGUUCGCUUGGCAGACUGCAAGAGGAGAACUCGGACCUGGAGGAAAAAGUCAGUAUCUUGGAGACAACAGGAAAUACCUUGAGAAAAGAGACGGAGUUACAGGCAAUCGAGAUGAAGAGGCUUGAAGAAGAACUGGCGGACAUGAAGAAUCAGUAUGCGAGUCUUAACAAGAACCACGAAGGAAGCGAGAAAGAGAGAAAGAGGUUAAUGAAUGAGAUAAUUGUCGCAGACGAGAGGAUUUCGAAGCUUCAAGGAACUUGUGAUGAGCUCCUGAAGGAGAAAGAAACGAGUUCCAUUAAAGUGAUGUCCCUUAAUGAAGCUUUAGAAGUCAUAAUCUCAAGCAACGAAGAAACAGCAGCCAGUUUGAAGAAUGAUUUAUUAACAACGAAGAAAGAGCUUUCCGUGGCUACAAGUGCGCUGGACAGGCGACAGAAGCAAUUAGAAGAGCAGCAAGAAGAAUUGAAAAAGGACGAAAACAAGAUCAAGUCGUUAGAAGAGAAGAAGCAGGAAGUAUUUGAGAAGUAUUGGGCCAGUCAAAACGAGCUGACGGAAGCCGAAGGAACCAUUCAAAACUUGCGAUCAGAGAACAGAGAACAAAAGGAGCAGAUUGCAUCAAGCUCGCAGAGGAUCCAACAUCUUCAAGAGACACUGCAAUCUGAGAGAGAAACAAACGAGAAAGAAGUAUCGGCAUGGAGUGAUCAGGUGAACAAGUUAAAAACACUGCAUCAGAAGGUAGUGGGAGAGCGCGGAAACUUCAAGCAAGAGUUGGAGCACGCUCAGACAACGUUAGAAAAGACUGAGAACGAUUUAAAACAAACCAGUGACGCUCUAAGCGAAAAAGAAAAAGUUUUUGAGAGAGACAUCGCCAAACGCAACCGAGAGUUGGAAGAUUUGUCACUGCAAAACGCAAACUUGAAGAGUGAGCUGACGAAGACGAAAGAGGUGCUGGAAAAAACGCGCACAGAAAGCGAUGACCUGAGAGAGCGCUUGGAAAUCGGUUCAGAGAAGGUAGAAUGGUUGGAGAAAGAGCUCAAGGAACGAAAUACCGACAUAGAAGAUCUCUUGGCUGAAGCGCACGCUAAACUUAACGUUGUACGCAAGAUGAAGGCUACAAAUAGCGGCGAAUACUUCGCAGAGCUGCCAUCAUCGGAAUUCAUGGCCAAAGAAGAAGAGGAGAGCGUUGACGGGGGUGACACUCUCCCACUGACACCGAUGAACACUUCAAUGAAAGAUGUGGUAACUUCCUUCCACGAGGCGUGCCUCUCGUCUUUUAACGAUAACAGAGGACUGCAACAAGUGUUGGCUGAAAAAUCAGUCGAAAUUGCUCGUCUGGACGAAAGUCUUCAAAAGGAGAAGAAUAAAGCAGCAGAGAUGAAAAGAUACCUCCAUGAUUUGGAAAAGAAAAAAGGGAAAUUGGAAGACGAUGUUAAAAGAUUGCGAAGGCGUCUUGAAGCACUGAAACUCAAAUGCGUGGAGAUGGAAAAGGAGAAAGAUAAUGAAAUCACUGACACUAAAGGGGAGAAGAUCGUGCUGGAGAAAGAACUGUGGGAUACGAAAGAGGCACUAGAGCAAACAAAGGCGAAGUUGAAAACUUCAGAAGAAGACAAGGAACGAUAUUACAAGGAUCUAGAAGCCUCGCGAAGGCAGAUUGUUGACGCUAAGAACGAAAUCAAAGGAAGUCAACAGCAGCUUGAUGCACUCCAGGAAAACAUUUUGCAGUUAAUGCGAAGGACAUUUGAGUUGGAGGCAAACGAUAAAGCGCAAGAGCAAGUGAUUCAAGAAAAAGAGAAAGAGCUUUACAUAAAUAAAUCAAAGAUCCAAGAACUGGAAAAGAUGUAUGACGGUACCAAUGAGAAGAAAACGGAGCUCUAUGCGAAGCUUGCAAGGGCAGACGAACGUGUAGCCGCGUUGGAGGAGGACUUCAAGGGAAAUAGAGAGGAGAAAGCCAGCCUCGAGACUCAACUUGCAGACUUGAAAAACAAAGUUUGUGAGAAAACCUCACUAAUGGAGAAAACGCAGAAUGAUUUACGACAUUCUCGCGAGAAAUGCGAAGAACUUGAGAUACAGAGUGGAAGUCUUCAAGCAACUAAUGAGAUCUUGAAACAACAACUGGACACCGCAAAAAAAGAUUGCGCUCAAUACCAAGCUCUGCUUUGUAAGGAGAAAGAAAUCUGCGAAGCUUUCAGCGGCCAACUUCGCGAGGUCAAAUGCGAAAAGGAGAGUCUCGAUCGCGAAUUAAAAGGAGCCAUUGAACAGAAGGACCAUGUAAAACACAUGCUGAAUAAAUCAGAAGAACGACUGACAGCUGCUGAGAACAAAGCUGUCAAUUCCUUCCAGGAGAUCGAGAACCUCAAACGACAGUUGGUGAAGAUCCAGAGUGGCGCAUGCGCUGACUCGGCACGGAAACAACUGGAGCUUGGUAAGCUGAAAGCUGAGACAGAGUCGCUAAAGAAAGAGCUAAAAGAUAAAGAAAAAGAACACAAUGAUAACGUCACCAAGUUCAAAGUGACAGAGAAAGAAAAUGAAUUCCUGAAGAAAGAUCUGGCACAGAAACACAACCGGGAAUCGGAGUUGAAGCUGGAUCUAACAUCCACUAACAGCAAACUUCAGAGUUACGUCAUUGAAAGAGAGUGCUGGGAAAGAGAGGUCAAGUCUGUGAUAAGUGAAAUGGAACAACAGAAGAACGCCAGUCAGUCAAAGGGGGAAAGACUUCAACGACUGCGCACGCGUUACGAGAAUGAGGUGAAAUUUUUACAAGACCGCGUCGAGGCCCUGGAGCGAGAAGUUCGGAUCAUCCAGGAGGCCAGUGAGCAACAACGACACGCGGAUGAAAUAGCUGCCAAGCUUGCGAUUGAAUCCAAAGACAUGGAGAUUGAUAACCUGAAGCUUCGUCUCCAGGCAACCAGAAUGCAUACCAGCGAGAAAAGCGACGUGUUGGAGAUCAUGAAAGACCAGCUCGAUGAGAGAACGAGGCAGAUUUCGGAUCUAAUGGAGCAGUUACGAAUGUUGAAGGAGAGCUAUCAUCUUGAACUAGGCAGCCUUCACGCAGACCUCAAGUGCGCUCAGAUGGAAAACAUGCUGCAGAAAAGAGGACAGCUGAGCGAUAGCUUAGGAUCUCGGCAGGAAGCUGAGCUUCUGGAGGCCAUCAAGCAGAGCAGAAAGGAAUCAGAGAGAUUGCGAAGUCUUUUGAAAAGCAAGAUGAAGGAAAUGAAAUCACUGAGAAAGUAUAUCCUUACCGAGCGAGUUGGUGAAGGGAGAAAACCCGGGUACACAGUGUAUUAGAAACCUUGUUGACUCUCACAGAAGAACUUUGCAAAGCAAUACAUCUUAUGCGAAGGACAUUUAUUUUAUACAACAAAGAGUGAAUAUUGCCAGCUAUGCUUUUUUUUGCAUUCGCAAAACGAUCCAAAACGUUUUUUUUUUUUUUUUUGAGACGACAGAUAGUCUGUUUGUGUCAUGAAAAUCGUAUGUUGAUCGCGUGUGGAAAAAGGUAAAGUAGCAUAAAUUAUGUUUAACGAAUAGUUUUAUCGAAGGUUUACAGAGUAGUAACUAUGACUUUCAGAGAUUAAGAAGGAGGUAAUUUCCUCAUAAAAGAGCCUCUAAUAUAUUGAGCUGGAACAGUAUUUUUCUAACAUUUCGAACAAUCGCCAAUUCAAAAACAUACUGUUUGUAAUCAAAUGAGGUGUAAAGUGCGUCAAUUCCAAUGCUGGAAAGGAUUUUUUUAGGCUAGUUUCUUUUUAGAAAAAAGAUUUAAUGUCAUAACGUACUUACAUGGAUGGAUUUCCUUUAAAAACAAUUUCUUGUGAAUAAUCUAGGAUAUGCGUUGAUUUUCAAUAAAGUUAUCCAAAAGUAGUUCGUGUGUACAACUCAA